AUGGCCGUGAACCCUCUCCUGGCACAGGAUGGGGCCAAUCAUUCGCUCUUCCCGAUGCCGGAAGCCGGAGAGGCCUUUGUGCUGAAGCGAGACAACAUUGAUUUCGAGUGCUCACUUCCACGUGGUGGUAAGCUUUGGGGCAGGGGCUCCUUCUUUCUGUCCUCCAAGCGUAUAGUUUUUGUUGCCCUGGACAAGUCGUGUCGUCAAGAUUUUCGAUCCUUCUCGAUCCCACUUCCGACCCUCAGGAAGCCCAAGUUCGAGCAACCAAUCUUCGGUGCAAAUUAUUUGGCGGGCUCGACGCGGCCACUUCCUGGAACAGAAGCUGAUCAGACGGCAGCUCCGUUGUUAGGUGGAGACACGGUGUUUUACUUGACUUUUCGUGGUGGAGGUUGCAAUACUUUUCUGCAGCUCCUUUUCCAGCUUCUUUCAGAGGUCCAGGCACAGAACACACCAAACACCAUUGCGCAAGCUGCGCAAGAGGGCCGCUUGAAUCAGGUGGCCUACGUGGACCCCAGCGAUCCAUCAGUGCUGUACCUUUCGCAACCCACUGCCGUGGCGGGUUCAGAGGCCUGUGGAGCCCUUUCAAGCUUGUGA